AUGACUGCCGUUCUGACAGAAAGCCCUCCACAGGUGCGUACCUCUGUGCGAUACAGCACUUACAGCAUGGCGCCCUCAUUCGCCAACACUGUCCAGACGACCGACUCGGCUCACGCUGAGAUCACCGAUAUCGCGACCGGCCUCGACCGCAUGGAGAACAAGGCUUUGAGCUCCCAGAGAGUCACCCUGAGCGAGGAGAAGAGCGCAAACAUGAGCAAGCUGGCCCUUGGCGCCAAGCUGGAGCGUGCGCUGGACCGGAGGAUGAGCAGCCAGGACGCCGUCAUGCGGCCGCGUGGCAAGACCCUGAACGAGAAGCCUGCCCAGGCGGCGUAG